CUCACACUUCAAUCACUUCAAACGGCCUUUUCCAAACCAACAAUCACAACCUCAACUCUUGAUACCCAAUAAACCAACAACAACUCCCUUCCAUCUACCACACACAUUUUCUUAUACACACACACACACACAAACACCACACAUUCACAAUGGCCGCCCAGAUCGCUUCCCGUCAGCCUGAGAUUGGCAUGGAGAAGGUUAUGCCUACCCGCCAGGACUCCGGAUACGCCUCUCCCUGCGACUCUCCCCGUCUGACCGUCAGACUCAACGAUGGCAACGAAAUCCCCCAGAUCGCCCUCGGCGUCUACAAGGCGCCCAACGGCCAGGAGACCGAGGACGCCGUCAUGGCCGCGCUUGACGCCGGCUACCGCCACAUCGACUCGGCCGCCAGAUACGCCAACGAGGAGGCCUGCGGCCGCGCCCUGAAGCAGUGGUUCCAGAAGACCGGCACCCCGAGAUCCGAGGUCUUCGUCACCACCAAGCUCUGGGACGCCGACCACGGCUACGAGGCCACCUUCAAGGCCCUCUGCGACUCGCUCGAGAAGUUCCAGCUCGACUACUUCGACCUCUACCUCAUCCACUCCCCCUCCGACGACAAGGAGAAGCGCAUCGCCUCCUGGAGAGCCCUCGAGACCGCCCAGCGCCUCGGCAAGGUCCGCUCCAUCGGUGUCUCCAACUUCAGCUCCCAGCACCUCGAGGAGCUGAUGCAGGAGACCUCGGUCGUCCCCGCCGUCAACCAGAUCGAAGUCCACCCCUUCUGCCAGCGCCAGGACCUCGUCGACACCUGCCGCAAGCACGGCAUCGCCAUCGAGGCCUACUCCCCCCUCGCCCGCGGCAACAAGCUCGAGGAUGCCACCGUCGGCAAGAUCGCCGCCAAGUACGGCAAGACCCCUGCCCAGAUCCUCCUGAACUGGAACGCCGCCCGCGGCAACAUCGUCCUCCCCAAGUCCCUCACCGCCCACCGCAUCAAGUCCAACUUCGAGUCCUUCGACUUUGAGCUCUCCCCCGAGGACAUUGCCACCAUCGACGGUCUCGACGAGAACUACGUCACCGGCUCCCUCCACAAGGAGUAAAUGAUGAGUCCUCGACAUUUGCCUCGCGGGGCACUCUCGAUCGGCACAUGACACUGCUUGGGACACAUUCAAAAAAGAACCCAGCGGGUAUACCUUGAAGCAUUCCUCCAUCCUGAGGGCAUUGGAACAGCCUCUUCACAUCUUGCCGACGUGACGCAUUACGCACGUCGUCCAUCCAGGACAUUCAAAAAUAGGAGUUGAUUGCUGCAUAGCGCCAUUUUGGCGCUCUAUUCCCCCCACCGCCGAAGAUUUUUCUUGGAUUUUGGAGUUUGGAUUCCCUUUUUUAGAAUUCCCUUAUUGGGAGGACAUAGAAAGAGAUAGAUACUAGAUGAGCGAGCUAGACAGCACAUCAGGUCAAGCCUGGUACGAAUUUAUGGCC